AUGUCGCGCUCCUUCUAUGUGGAUUCGCUCAUCGUCAAGGACGCGGCGGCCAGGCCGGUGGUGCCUUCCCUGCCUGAGCCGCCCCCGCCGCCCCCCGGACAGGAUUUCCUCAUUCCGCUGGGCGUGCCGGCGCCUCUGGUCAUGUCCGUAGCUGGCGGGCCCGCCUGCCCGUCGCGCAAGAGCGGCGGCUCCUUCUGCGUCUGCCCGCUCUGUGUCACCUCGCACCUGCACGCCUCGGCUCGGGCGGGCGCGGCGGGUGGAGGCGCCGCCGCUUCCCUCCAGCUGCUCAAGGGCCACUUCGCUCCCGGAGGAGCCGGGGCGGGCGGCGAGGGCCAGUUCUGCCCCCGGAUGAGCCAUGUCCAGCAGCAGACGGCCCCGCAGCAGCAGCAGCAGCAGCAGCCGCCCCCCGGCUCGGUGGCAUCUGCGGCGGCGGCUCAAGUCUUGGCCCACCCACCUGUUUGCGCAGCGGCCGCCUACGGCAUGAGCGACCCCCGGCGUUUCCACUGCCUCGGCCUGGGAGGUUCGGACAGCGGCGGCCCGCUGCAGAACGGCAAGCGGAUGCGCACGGCCUUCACCAGCACCCAACUUCUGGAGCUGGAGCGGGAGUUUUCGGCCAACAUGUACCUGUCCCGGCUGCGGCGGAUCGAGAUCGCCACGUACCUAAACCUGUCGGAGAAGCAGGUGAAGAUCUGGUUCCAGAACCGGAGGGUGAAGCACAAGAAGGAAGGCAAGGGCGCCCAGCGGAACACGCACGGCGGCUGCAGCUGCGCCGGCAACCCGGGUCGCUUCCCCAGAUCCGAGGACGAAGAGUCGCUGUCUCCGGCCUCGGCGAACGAAGACAAGGAGGUCUCCCCGUUGUAAGGGGCUUCCCCUCCGGACUGAAGAGCUCCGCGGACAAUCGCCACGGCCAGAGCCCCCGACCGGACUCUGCCGGACUCGAAAAAGACGAAAACAAUACAGAUUUUCCCCUCGGUUGUUUUGAUCGGGUCCCGAACUCAGGGUGUUUGCCUACCCCAAAAGCUGCCAAUCUGGUUGAUCCUCAAAAGCGGGAGACCCAGAUCCCGAGCCGCCUGCCCUGCCACAUCAACGGCGGAGGAAAACGCUCACAGCCUCAUUCACCCCCAAAAUUAGGAGAGAAGCUUUAGGGGA